CUCAGAAUCAUCUCAUCAUCAAAAGAGCUGAGACUGAAGAAAUACUAAGAGUCUUCUCAGGGUUACCACACAUACUUGUUAAAAUGAAGUCCUGCCUUGGAUUACUUCAAACCCGUGGAUCUAAGACCUCAUGGAUCAGCUUGACCUUUCUUUGCUCAAUGCUGUGUAUGUGGACAAGUGUAGACUGCUGGUCCUACUUCUACUCUAACUCCACCAUGAACUGGCAGCAAGCUAGAGACUGGUGCCAGGAGAGCUACACAGACAUGGUAGCCAUCCAGAACCAGGAGGAGAUUGAGCAUCUCAACAGCUGGCUGCCCAAGAAAUCCACCUACUACUGGAUCGGGAUCCGCAAGGUCAAAAAUGUCUGGACCUGGGUGGGAACCAACAAGACUCUGACAGCAGAAGCAACCAACUGGGCGAUUGGCGAACCAAACAAUGGCAAGAAUGGAAGGAGUGCAGGGGUGAAUGAGGAUUGUGUGGAGAUGUACAUAAAAAGAAAUGCACAGGCAGGCAAAUGGAACGACGAGAGGUGCGGGAAGUUGAAGACUGCUCUGUGCUACACAGCUGCCUGUAAGAACGACUCAUGCCUCCAUGGAGACUGUGUAGAAACCAUCAACAGCCACAAAUGUGAUUGCUUUGAGGGCUUUUAUGGAGAGAGAUGUGAGCACGUUGUUAAGUGUAACAAAGAGGAGGUGACCGUUCCUGAUAAAGGAAGUGUAAAUUGCACUCACAAAUACGGAGACUUCUCCUAUGACUCCUCGUGCCAGUACUCCUGCGAGGAAGGAUACAAGCUGAAUAUGUCAAGACCCCUGACAUGCACUGCCUCCACACAGUGGUCAGAGCAGCUCCCUACGUGUGAAUUGGUCCAGUGUCCAGAACUGUCAAGUCCAGCAAGAGGAUCCAUGAAUUGCUCUGAUCCUCUGGGCCCCUCCAGAUACCAGUCCACCUGUGUUUUUACCUGUGAUGAGGGCUAUGUUCUCGCUGAUUCCCCGUCCAACACUCUGCUAUGUGAAGGGUCAGGAUUUUGGAAUGCCUCACAGCCCACUUGUGUUGCUGUGCAGUGCCCUGCUCUACUGGAGCUGGACAAUGGUGUUGUCAGCUGUGGAGAUGAUGCAGACACUAGGUUUAGUUACGGAAACACCUGCAGUUUCAGCUGUGUCACUCGCUACAACCUGGUGGGACCGAGCAUGAUGACAUGCACAUCAGCGGCUGAAUGGAGCGAAAGGAUGCCUCGCUGUGAAGCCAUCACUUGCAAGAAUCCAGGGGGAGAAGCUCACCUCAUUCCCGAGUGCAGCCAACCUUUGACCGACCUGAGGCCAGACUCCACCUGCAGCUUCAGCUGUGAGGCAGGCUUUGAACUGCAGGGAGUGCAAACAGCUCAGUGCUCUGGGGACGGACAGUGGAGUGACCCCAUACCCACCUGCAAAGCAAGAGGAUGUCCUGUUCCCGAGAUCCCAACAAGUGUCCAGAUUAGCUGCAGCCCUUCUCUGUCUUCACCUGCUUCUACCGUGACCCCCCAUCCACUUGGUAUGGUAUGCACUUUCAACUGCGAUGAAGGCCACGAGCUGCAGGGUGCACUCAGCAUGGAGUGUGUAAAUCCUGGCCAGUGGACCUCCACACCACCAAACUGCACAGCAGUCAGAUGCCCAUUGCUUGAGGCUCCUGAAAACGGACACAUCAACUGCUCAGACAGUGAAUCGGUGUUCAACUCACAGUGCUUCUUCACAUGCAAUCAAGAUUACUCACUACACGGACAUGAGGUGCUGACCUGUGAUCGCCAUGGCAAUUGGACUGGAGAGACACCAACGUGCCAAGCUCCCAAACCUCGGACUGCUGCCAUUGCUGCCGGUGCGGCAGCAGGGGGCGCUCUGUCAUUAUCAGCUCUGUCUAUGGCUUUGUGGAUCCUGAAACGACUGAAGCGGAAAGCUACCAAGUUUGAGCUGAACAGCAACUCUGAGAUUGAGGAGCCUCCACAGGUCUUCUACAAAAACAGCAUUGACAGUUGCUCCUUGACUGAGAUUGUCUUGGGCUGGACAUAUCAUCACUCAGAUAAGAAGAUAAUGAACUGGGCCGCGGCCCGACAGUGGUGCCAGACCACUUACACAGACAUGGUGGUCAUCCAAAACCAGUUUGAGAAUGACUUUCUGGUCUCCAUGCUGCCAAAUAAAACCAAGAGUCCAUAUUACUGGAUUGGAAUCACUAAAAACCACAUGAAUGAACCUUGGACAUGGAUUGGGAAUAACAGCACAUGGAUUGGUGAGCAGUCAUGGGCAGCAAACGAGCCCAACAACAACCACAGCACAGAGUUCUGUGUGGAGAUCUACGUGAACCAAGGACCAAACCGAGGGAAGUGGAAUGAUGAGAAAUGUGCCAAUCGGAAAACUGCUGUUUGUUAUAAAGCUGUGGAAUGUCCUGCUCUGCCUCAGCCUGAUAACGGAUACCUUAGCUGCUCCGGAGGAAACCUGACAUUCAACUCAACCUGCCAGUUUAAAUGCUACCCAGGCUUCCUGAUGACAGGCUCGCCGGCUGUCACCUGUGGGGUCACCGGAAUCUGGAGUGGCCCAAGACCUUUUUGUGCAAAUGAAAUGAUGUUUCCAGAAUCAGUCGACAGACAAAAACUGCAUCACAUGGUGCUGACAGCUGUAUUCAUUGUUUUUACACAAGACCUGAGCAGCAGAGGAGGAGCACAUGCAUGGACCUACAGUUACAACACCAGUCCAAACCGCAGAUGGCUCGAAGCCCGCCAGUGGUGCCAGCAGCACUUCAAAGACAUAGUGCCCAUUCGGAACCAGGAGGAGAGUGACUUCAUCAACAACCUGCUGCCAUUUAGCCCAAAAUAUUACUGGAUAGGCAUAGGCAAAAAGGCUGGAGAAUGGGUCUGGGUAGAAACUGAUGAGAAGUUGCCUAAAGGGCUUCAGAACUGGGCCCCAGAGGAGCCAGAUAACAUAGUGGGUCAGGACUGUGUGGAGAUUUACAUUAAGAGGGAGAUGGACACAGCCAAGUGGAACAACGAGAACUGUCGCAAGAAGAAGGGAAUCAUCUGCUACAAUGUCUCUUGUGCACAGGAUUCCUGCAGUGCCAAUGCAGACUGCAUUGAGACCAUUGGGAACUAUACCUGCCAGUGCCAUCCUGGUUUCCAGGGCUCACGUUGUGAUGAGGCAAUUGCAUGCAAACCUUUGCUGGAUCCAGAACAAGGUUUUCACAACUGUUUCCAUCCUUAUGGGUCCAAUCAUUUCAACUCUUCCUGCCAUUUCCACUGUGAACUUGGCUUUCAGCUAGUAGGCGUGCCCCAACUGCUAUGCCAAGCUAGUGGACUCUGGGACCACCCUGUCCCUCUGUGUCAAGUCAGACAGUGUCCAGUCCUGAACCACACCAACAUCAGCGGUGGUAUUCUGAACUGCAGCCACCCUGUUGCACCUUACAGCUACAACUCCACCUGUGAGGUCAAUUGUAAUGAAGGCUAUGAACACAGUGGAGCGGACCAUAUUCGCUGUGACCACACCGGCCAGUGGACAGCCAGUGUCCCAACAUGUACAAUCAAAAAGUGCUCCCCCAUUUUCUUCCCUGUCACGGGCAACGUGACAUGUGUGGACACUGUGCAGCCCUUCUCCUUUGGCUCACGGUGUAACUUCACCUGCCAGGAAGGCCGCUACCUGACCGGAGACAACACAUUCACUUGUCUGGCCUCAGGACAAUGGAGCAACCCUUCACCUACAUGCACAGUGGUAAAGUGCAGCAGUUUAAAGGCUCCACCUCAUGCCUCCAUGCAAUGUCAGGACCCUCUCGGAGCACACAGCUUUGGCUCAACAUGCACACUGCAGUGUGAAAUAGGAUUUGAUAUGAUUGGCACAAACAUGACGAAAUGUUCUGCACAGGGCAACUGGAGUCAUGCACCUCCUGUUUGCCGGGCUAAGAGGUGUAAGCCAUUAAAUCCUCUUCAUGGCUCCCUUAACUGUUCUGACCCAAAUGGUUCCUUCAGUUUUGGUUCUCUGUGCACAACAACCUGUGAAGAGGGCUUUCUGCUGAAUGGUGCAGCCAGCACUGAGUGCACCUCUCUGGGCAUUUGGAGUUUAGACAUACCACAAUGCUUGGCUAAGAGAUGUCCCACUCUGAGCUCUCCUUCUCAUGGCUCCUUGGUCUGCUCCGAUACCCAUGAAGAGUUCAGUUUUAGAUCUCGGUGCAAGUCAACAUGCGAGGAGGGUUUUCUUUUGAAUGGGACGGCUGACACAGAGUGCACCUCUCUAGGCACAUGGAGCACAGACGUCCCUCAUUGCUUUGCUAAGAGAUGUCCCACCCUGAACUCUCCCUCUCAUGGCUCCUUAGUCUGCUCUAAUCCUCGUGAGGAGUUCAGUUUUGGAUCACAGUGCAAGUCAGCGUGUGAGGAAGGUUUUCUCCUGAAUGGGAUGUCUGACACAGAGUGCACCUCUCUGGGCACAUGGAGCGCAGACAUGCCACGUUGUUUGGCGCAGCCAUGCCCCCUACUGGCCAAGGCUCCAAAACAUGGGAGGAUGAACUGCAGCCAUCCUUACUCCCCUUUCAGCUACAGCUCCCACUGUGACUUUGAAUGUAAUGAGGGCUUCUGGCUGAGAAAAACACCAACUAUGACAUGUAACUCCUCAGGCCUCUGGAGUCAAGAUCUGCCCACCUGCAACCCGGUACAAUGUGAGGCCAUUAGUGCCUUGCCUUUAUCUCUGGCUAUGAACUGCUCCCAUCCUAUGGGGAACUUCAGCUUUGGCUCCCAGUGCCUGUUCACCUGUGGAGAGGGAUUGUCCCUGAAUGGCACAGAGGUGAUGUCUUGCUCCUCCAGUGGCAUUUGGAAUGGCAGCCUGCCUAACUGUGCAGAAAAUAUGCCAGUGGGGACUGCAAUGUUGCUGUCUACGAGUGCAGGAGCAACCUACAUUGUCUUGCCACUUAUCCUGAUUGGCCUGGCUUUGUUGGUUAUAAUGGGAUUUAAGAAAAGAAGAAAACAGAGCACGUCUUAUACACCAGCGUGGGGGGAGAGAGAAAAUCCAGUAUUUGAAUUUGAGACCUGAUUUUUGUAACAAAUCAUUUCAAAUCAAGAUUGCAGCCUAAUGCUUACUAUUGUUCUAUGAAGCUUGUUAGUAAAUAUUAUUGAUCGUCACAUUCAAAGGAAUACUUCACAAACAAAAUGAUAAUUUGUAAAUCAAUUCUUCAUGCUGUGUUAUGUUGAAUCAUUGAGGAAAACUUUGUUUUUCUUGCAUACCAGGAAGACUGCGAACAUUCACUGAUUGACUGGGGACUAUGUUAAAUAGAAACAUCAAUGUACAAACUCG